AGUCAUGAGUGCAAGCCUGUCGAAGUAGUAGUGCCAUUUGUUCGUCUAGAAAAAUGUGAACACGGCGAUGUAAGCAAACAUAUUGUUCAGUCUUUCAAACAAAUAGGAAGAAUGCUUGAAACUGACCAGGAACUCGUUCAAAAUAUAUUUAGAUUACUGAGAGAGAGCGGCAGAUCUACCAACUCGCCGAUUUAUGUUGUCUCAAAGAAUUUUUUCCCUGGUUCCAGGCCUUUCGCCGCAGUCUGGACCAUCCUCUGGAGUGUUGCCGGAGCAUCUGCUGCGAUUACAAGUGAUGCUGUGAUGACUCCUUUUGAUGCUGGUGGUUUGGCAGGAGCCGUCGCUGCUGCCGUCACUACACCCUUGGAUGUAGCUAAGACACUGCUACAAACCAGAGGUACUAGUCACGAUGCUGAGAUAAGAAAAAGCCAAUGGUAUCCGAGAUGCUGUGAGGAUUAUAUGGCGAAGAGAUGGACUAAGAGGGUUUGCUCGAGGAUUGACACCAAGAGUAUUGACGUUUGUACCGAGCAAUGCACUCUGUUGGAUGAGUUACGAGUUUUUCAGUAA